AUGGCCGGCGCUUCGGCAGUUGGUUCAUCUGAUGAAAAUCUGCCGACAGAAUUCCUGGGGGAAGAGUGGACACUCUUUUCUUUUCCUUCCCGACUCUCGUGGCGACUACGGGAGAACACUGGUCCCGGAAGAGGUGCUGGCCAGGGCCCGCCGCCGGCCGGAUCCCAGGCAGCAUCACUCUGUGCGCCCGCAGCGUGCUGGGCGACGUCCAGAUCUAGGGCGCGCCGGCUUCGGGGUUUGGAGGGACGUAGGUCCAAGCAUCCCCCUCUAACAGUGAUUGGCCUUCAGGGCGGCUCUUUUCUAAAUAGGGCUGGGAACCACCCGAAGCGUGCCGCCUGCAAAGCAAAGGCGCGAGAAAAAAUUCCGGGAAAACACUUCCUUCGCCGCUCAGAGUGGUUACGAAGAGAUUUAAGCCAUUUCAAACGAUUUCUUUUAUUGGAUGCCUCCAGGUACCGGAAUCACCCCAAUGAGGCGGAUAAACAGACGAGUUCUUGGUGUCGGUCCCGGGGAAUCCAUAGCGUCCUGCGCCCUCUCACCUGGCUCCUCCAGGCUCUAGAAAACCUCCCCAGAUGGAAUGGGGGUAUUUCCGCGACAAUACCAGAUCGUUGGCGGAGAGCGCAGGCCAAGGUGGGACAGAUGCUGGUGGAAGUGGGACAGAAGGCGGACUGCGUGUGCUCCUACGGCAUGAAGCUCAGUUGGGACAUCAACGAUCCGCAGAUGCCUCAGGAGCCGGCCCACUUCGACCACUUCUGCGAGUGGCCCGACGGCUACGUGCGCUUCAUCUACCGCAGCGACGAGAAGAAGGCCCAGCGCCACCUGAGCGGCUGGGCCAUGCGCAACACCAACAACCACAACGGCCACAUCCUCAAGAAGUCGUGCCUGGGCGUGGUGCUGUGCGCUCGGGCCUGCGCCCUGCCCGACGGCUCUCGCCUGCAGCUGCGGCCCGCCAUCUGCGACAAGGCACGCCUGAAACAGCAAAAGAAAGCAUGCCCCAACUGUCAUUCCGCUUUGGAGUUGAUUCCCUGUCGAGGGCACAGCGGAUACCCUGUCACCAACUUCUGGCGGCUUGAUGGCAACGCGAUAUUUUUCCAGGCCAAGGGAGUUCAUGAUCACCCAAGACCAGAGAGCAAAUCAGAGACGGAAGCUAGAAGAAGCGCCAUCAAGAGACAAAUGGCCUCUUUUUACCAACCCCAGAAAAAGAGAAUUCGAGAACCAGAGUCUGGAGAGAAUCAAGACAACAGUGGACAUUUCAACGACAUGCCUCCCUUGGAAAAUCCAGAAGAGUUUGAUAUAAUUACUGACACUGGCUUCGCUAUUCCAGGGCAGCCUUGCUUUUCCUUCCCAAGCUCCAAUACUUACAAAGCUACCUGUGAUGUAGCCACCUUCCAAGGAGACAUAAUGCCAUCCUUUCAGAAAUAUCCAAACCCAAGAAUUUUUUUGCCUAGGCCACCUUGCAGCUAUGAAUUGGCAAGUCCUAGUUACACAAAUUCAAGCCCACAUCCCACCCUUUAUACAAAUUCCAGCAAGAUCCCUGAUGACACAGACUGGCUUCAUCUGAAUGCGCUACAGUAUAACGUCAAUUCAUACAGCAGCUUUGAGAGAAGCUUUGAUUUCACCAGCAAGCAACAUGGCUGGAAACCAGCUGUUGGCACACCUGGCCUUGGGGAGACGCCCGACCAUGGACAGUUCCAGGCUGUGGCCACUCACCCUUAUUAUAACACAGAGCUUCCCUGCAGGUACCUCAGGGCUCCCCCAGCAGGUGCUCCAGCCCUACAAACCGUGAUCACCACCACCACCAAAGUGUCCUACCAGGCCUACCCGCCCCCUGCUCUGAAAUGCUGUGACAACACCCAGGAAGUGAAGAGCCUUUCAGGGUGUAACUAUGCUUCCGAAAACAUCCCCAUGUCCAUCUAUCCAGAAGGCUUGGACUUCCCAGCCACAGUAGCCAUGGAAGCCUCUCCAGCCAGGUCACUUCCUUUGAAAAUUCCAGGCGAUUGCAGAGCCAUCAGGCCCACGUUGGCCUUUCCUCAAGAGUCUGCUCCCUCCAGGACAGAUGGAGUAGAGACUUGGGAUGUGUGUCCAUCUAGCUUGGGGUCUGCAGUCAGUUAUUCAGAUGGGGUUAGUCCAUUCUUUAGCUACGACAAUGAGGACUUUUGA